AUGCCUACAAAAACAAUUUGCUAUUUCUUAUUCAUUCUAUGCAGUGUAUUGAUAAUUCAAGUCAAAUCUCAAAUAUGCAACGGUAUGGCUCAAUAUGAUCGAUGUUCGGCAAAUGCUGGCUGUGCCUGUUUACAUAUCGCAGGCGCUAUUAACGUCGGUAUUUGUAGUUAUCUAAGUUUGGCACGUUGUGCUGAACUAGUUAAUUGCGAUCCCAAUAACGUUUGUUAUGAACCUGAGCAUACGUGUGUUCAUCAUCCACAAUGUCAGAGUGCGCCUGUUUGUUUUCCAGUACCGAUUUUUAAUCGACAACUCUGUCCACUGCUAACAAUGACGAACGCCACAACUACGACAACAACAAGACCAACUACAACUACGGCCCGUGGCCCGCAACUAGUUAUUCCCAAUAUUCCUGCUAAUGCUAAAUGGGCACAGUACGGGAUGACUGUUGCUGGAGGUGAAGGAAAUGGUAAUGCCACCAAUCAACUCAGCUACCCUGCAGGUCUCUUCGUUGAUGAUGACCAAACAGUGCUCAUCGCUGACUCAUGGAAUAAUCGUAUCAUGCAAUGGAAGCCAGGAGAUAAAAACGGACAAGUCGUUGCAGGUGGUAAUGGUCCAGGAGAGCGGCUGGAUCAGUUGAAAAAUCCAACUGAUGUAUUGAUCGACAAAGAGACGGAUAGUCUAAUUAUUUGUGAUUCGAGCAAUCUACGAGUUGUACAAUGGUCCCGUCGUAGUGGCACAAUACAAGGAGAAAUUCUCAUCGACAACAUCUUGUGUGCUAAUUUGGCUAUGGAUGAUCAGAGAUAUCUCUACGUCACUGCCUACUUUAUACCUGAAGUCAAACAAUAUCGACUGGGAGACAAGAAUGGUACUGUCGUGGCUGGUGGAAAUGGCAACGGUGCUGGUCUCAAUCAACUCUACUACCCGACUUACGUCUUUGUCGACCGACAACAGAAUGUCUACGUGUCAGACAGCAAUAAUAGUCGUGUAAUGCAAUGGAAUAAAGGCGCAAAAGAAGGUAUCAUCGUCGCUGAAUGUCACGACUGGAUGAAUAAUGCUACGACACAAUUGUGUGGUUCUACCGGACUCUUUGUCGACACGUUGGGAACUCUCUAUGCAGCAGACUCGGUGCAUGUCCGGAUAAUGAGUUGGACUCAAGGAGCGCAACAAGGCACUGUGAUUGUGGGUGGAAAUGGCGAAGGAUCAGGAGCAAAUCAGUUCAUCUAUCCCACUGGUUUAUCUUUCGAUCGACAUGGUAAUCUGUAUGUCGUCGAUCAGAGUAAUCAUCGUGUUCAACGAUUUUCUAUCGAAUAG